UAUAGAUUAUAGAUAUAGAUAGAUAAAUUUAUAUAUGGAUUUCAACUCAAAAAUUACAAAAAAUUAGAAUAUUGGCAAAACAAAUCAAAAUUCCUCAUUAAUCUUCACUAAAUUGGAGGAACUAAAUAGGGGCAUUUGUCCCCGAGUCUCAUACUCUCAGUUGCAAAAAGCAAACUGUAAAAUAUUGAAACCCUAAAAGUACCAUGACGGUUCAUGACCGCUGCUAACUGCCAUAAUUGCUGUUGCGCCGUCCUCCGUGAUUGACCACCACCAGACCACCACUUUCCAUUGACUCCAAAUCUCCAAUUUCAGAAAAUAUAAAAAUGAAAGGAGGAACUGUUCAAAUCAAUUGGCACGAUACAAAACCAGUUCUAACCGUAGAUUUUCAUCCUCAUUCUGGACUUCUCGCCACCGGCGGCGCUGAUUUUGACAUCAAGCUCUGGCAAGUGGACUCAAGAGUAGCACAAAAUAAAAUUCCCGCAGCUUCCUAUAAAACUAGUCUUUCAUAUCAUAGUUCAGCAGUGAAUGUUCUUCGAUUCUCUCCUUUAGGAGAGCUUCUUGCUUCGGGUGCAGAUGGAGGAAACCUUAUAUUAUGGAAGGCUCACCUAACAGAUGGCGAUCAAGUAUGGAAAGUCUUCAAAACUUUGUUAUAUCAUACAAAAGAUGUACUGGAUCUGCAAUGGUCUAAAAAUGGGGCUUAUAUCAUCUCUGGAUCGGUUGAUAAUACGUGCAUUAUAUGGGAUGCUGACAAAGGCUCUGUCCUUCAGAUUUUCGAGGCACAUCUCCACUAUGUUCAGGGAGUGGCGUGGGAUCCAUUGUCCCAGUAUGUUGCAUCACUUAGUUCAGACAGAACUUGUAGAAUUUAUGUUAACAAGCCCCAGAAAGUAAAGGGAGGAGAGAAGCUGAAUUAUGUUUGUCAGCAUGUGAUCAUAAAGGCAGAACAACAAUCUGCUAGUGACAACAAGUGUUUGAAGAAUCAUCUCUUUCAUGAUGAGACAUUGCCGUCAUUUUUCCGAAGAUUAGCCUGGUCACCUGAUGGUUCAUUUUUGCUGGUACCUGCUGGUUUAUACAAAUGUUCUCAUGAAACUGAAUCAAUUAACACGGCUUACAUAUUUUCCAGGAAAGACCUUUCAAGACCUGCAUUACAGCUUCCCGGUGCCAACAAACCUGUGGUAGCUGUGCAUUUUUGCCCUUUGAUAUUUUCCCUCCGUGGAUCAAACUCGGAUGGCUUCUUCAAGCUCCCAUAUCGGCUCAUUUUUGCUGUUGCAACUCUGAAUUCUCUGUACAUUUACGACACAGAAAGUGUUGCCCCUUUGGCAAUUUUGGCUGGUCUUCAUUAUGCAGCCAUAACAGAUAUUGCAUGGUCACCUGAUGGAAAGUAUUUAGCCUUAUCAUCCCAAGAUGGAUACUGCACAUUGGUUGAAUUUCAGAGUGACAAACUGGGAUCACCUAUCCCCUCUUCAGAUGGAAAGAACAACACUAGUAAUGUUGGUGAAACGCCUAGUCUACAAAAGCCAGAGGAGAUAGUGAUCCAAUCAGUGGCAAAAGACACUGAUGUCGUUAUAGAGAAUAAUCAAACUGACAAGCAAACAGAGCCAGUAGCAACAAACACUCCUGCCCCUACCAAGCUGGCCAAGAGGCGUAUUACUCCCAUAGCUAUCGAUCCUUAACUUUCUAAAUUAUCUCUGUAAAGUUGAAGCUGAAAAUUGUCUGUUUGCUUCCGAUGCAAGGCCCUGAGGCUUGAAGUUUCUUCUUCAUUUUGUAUAAUAGGUCUGCAAGGAAAUUAUGUAUAGUGUAGUAAACAGUCUUUUAGGGCUUGGGGUCUGUCACCAUUGCAAGUGUACCAUGAAAUACGGCUAAUAUAUGUUUGAUUUUGAUGUCCAAUACUCAAAACCAUUAAGAGUUCCAUGAAUAUGAUUUGAGUUAUAUUAGAGGAAUUUAGGAUUUGGAGACGAGUUGGUUUUUGUCUAUUGAUUUAUCUUCCA